CUCGUUGCGGACGGGCGGGCGCGGGGACGCGAUGGCGCCGCCGCCGCCUCCUCGCCGGCCAGGGCUGCACCGCCGGGGCUGAGCCGCCGCCCGAGCCGUGAGCAGAGCGGCCGCGGGGCGCGCCCGCAUCGCGGGAGGAUGGGCUGUGGCGGGAGCCGGGCCGAUGCCAUCGAGCCCCGCUACUACGAGAGCUGGACCCGAGAGACCGAGUCCACCUGGCUCACCUACACCGACUCGGACGCGCCGCCCAGCAGCGCCGCCCCGGACAGCGGCCCCGAGGCGGGCGGCCUGCAGGCGGGUGUGCUGGAAGAUGGACUGUCCUCCAAUGGUGUGCCUCGAUCCACAGCGCCAGGUGGAGCACCCAACCCAGAGAAGAAGAUGAGCUGUGGGACCCAGUGCCCGAAUCCCCAGAGCCUCAGCUCAGGCCCUCUGACCCAGAAACAGAAUGGCCUUCGGACCACAGAAACUAAAAGAGAUGCUAAACGAAUGUCUGCAAAAGAAGUCACCAUUAACGUUACAGACAGCAUCCGACAGGUGGACAGAAGUCAAAGAAUCACGAAGAACUGCGUCAACUAGCAGAGUGUUCAACUAGAAGAACAGAUGGUCUUCUUUGGUGCCCUUCACAUACUGGAUGCCAUCAAGGAAGCCUGAGGAAGUGGAUGCCCCUUGCUGAACGUGAAUGUUGCUGAGUGCCUUGAGAGACUGUCUCACCUGGCAGCCAGUGGCCGUCUGAGCUGUCAUGACACUCUCAGCCUCCUAUUUAUCACGUCAAUGUAUUGGCACGGCACUCACGUAUGGUAAUCGACUGCAAAUGUACAGUUCUGCUUGCCUCCUUGCAGCUCCUGCAGUACAGUCUGGUGUAAAAGUAGUGAGCUAAAGCCACAAACCCAUUUAUGAAGCACAGAGAGGUAGAAGGGGCGGAUUGAUUCCAUGUGUGAUAGAUUCACACGUCGGUUCUAAGCGCUCCUGGCCACGGUAAUGUGCACUGCUUCAGGCAAGCUUUUUCUUGUGUUCUUUCUUUUUGAGUAUCACCAUCACAGAGCUUACCAUGUUCACUUAAAAGGUUGCUUUCACCCAACUCUAAACCACUGUUUCUAAAGCAAGAAACAGCAAACCUCCGUGUUAUUCUUGUUUCCUUAGCUCAGUAUGAGACAGAGGCAGAUGCAAUUUCACACAAACUAACCCCGCCAACCCCCACAGUGGCGUGUCUUUGGGAGGUCUCUAUGAUGCAGUCACACCCACUUCUCUGUCUUCAAUGGCCCCCAUGCUGAUGUCCAUGUCAGCCUCUGAACCACAAUAUCACAGUUGUUGUGGUUGAUGCAUCCAACCUGGGAUGCCUAGGAUGCAUUUUUCGUAGCUUUCCAAAUUCCUUUGCUUGUAUUCUUCAGUGUUUUCUCUCUCUAGUUGGGUCAUUUGCAAUUGUUAAAGACUGGACACUGCUCACAGGAGGGAGAUAAUCCAGAAUAUGUUGGCAGCUUCCCUUUACACAGCACAGGGCUUCCCUUCAGCCUCUCUGUACACAGCCCCAGGACGAUGUCCUUUUGGUACCUGCAGAGGAAUCACUUUAGAAAGUCAGUAGUACCUGGUUGAUGCACAUUCACACUGACAUUGGACUGGCAUGUACUGUGUUAGAGAUGAGGUAGCUGAUGCAGUAAAAAAGAAAAAAAAGUGUUUUGAUAGGAAUAAAAUUUUCUAGCAUUUUUUUAAACAUGUUAAGGUGGAAUUAUUUUCCUCCACAGUAAUGUAGCAUGAUUUUUAAAGGACUGUUAACAUGCCUGGGGUUGGGAAAGGUAGGACUGAAAUUGUACCAAAUGAUACCAAUAAACUCCAUGUUAGCAGAUAGAUGGUGUGUGUUUAUAUCACAGAGUUCAGAGAAUUGACAUGAGCAGGGUAGAACUCAGAUACUCGGCCUCCUCACCUGCCAACUCUUAUUCCCCAAACACAAGUGGGCAGUGUCUUUUCUUUCUUCCUUCCUUCUUCUCUUCUUCCUUCCUUCCUUCCUUUGGUAGAUUGCAUAUUUCUUCCAUAACAUUAAAUGCCAUGUGUCAGGAACCAUGCAGAUGCUGAGAGAUUUGGAAUCUGGCCAAUCAAAAUUGUAUAUCCUGAAUCCCACAGUGGUCUUAAUAACUAGGAGACCAACUUAGAUGCUAAGGUAUAGUGUGUGUUGUAGAUUGCGCUGCAGUGUAAUCUCACUUUUAUAUUCAGGAUAGGUUUCUGUCUCAAAUUCCAGAUCUGGGUGUUUUCUUAAUCACUAUGAGACUUUACGAGACACAAAACUAUGGUUUUCCCAAUCCUCUAUUAUUUUCUGAUUCUUUGAAAAAGGGCUUUUCAGGAACUUAAUGUUCUUAAAAAAUUUUUUUAAAUAAUAAAAGCAAAACCUGUGACUCCUGUGUCCCCAGUGGCAUUACUCAGCAGGAGCCCCCAGCUGCCAAAGCUUGGCAUUGAUCCUGCCAGUACAAGGGCUCGCUCUCCCAGGGCACGUGCUUUGUGUUUUAUGUAGGGUAUUCCUUUUCCAGUCCCUGUGCUGUCUGUCAGCCAUGGGCUAAGCCUAGUUUCUCUUUACAACCUUGUUUUUGCAUCACUUAAGUGCUACAUGUUGUUUGGAAUUUAUCAACUUGAGAGGGUGCCUCUGUUUUAUAUAGAAACAAUUUCUCACUUCUGAGGGAGAAGGGGACGAGGACAUACAUGAUCUUUCUGCAGAACAACCUGGAUUUCACCAAGACAGUGACCAGAAGUUAAAACAUGUUACUGGAAAUUCGUCUGGCAAUUUUUUCAUGCGCGUAUGAUACGGGAACUGAGUCUUACUAUCCUAUCGGCAUAACACUUUCUAUUGCAAGUUUGUGUCAAUAAAGUCAUCAAUUUCAAACAUAUGGACAGUUA